AUGGAACCAGGGGCAACCUAUGUCCAGAAACUCGCCUCAGGAAAAGUCGGAUUCGUUCGUCGUCCGAUAAAGAUCAAGCCGACAAAGUCGAUACUCGCCGAUGCAUUUCUGCCUAACCGAGACGGCUCUUCAUGGAGUUUCCCCUAUACAUACAGCCCGGGUGCUCACCCCGUUGACCCAGUUGAGGUUAAGGAGACACACCAACCCAUACCUUUGACGGACGGCCCAGCUCAGACGCAUAAUUAUGGGCGAGAGUACCAACUGGCUACAAGAAAAUUUGAACCGGCAAUAUCUAAUCUGUAUCAUCGUGAUGCUGCUCUUCUUCCUCCACCAGCACCAUCCCCUAUUCUCGAGCCGCAAAGCCCAACCUACUCCAGGGCCCACGCAGCUCCAGCAGCAGAGACAAGACACAGAUGUGCAGUUUGUGGACGGUACCGUUCUCCUUCAUAUCAGUAUCGGCAUCCGAUUAUCCCAGGCCAGAUACCUCCCACCAGCGUAUGCCGAAAAUGCAGGUUCACCUAUACUUCCAGUGGGGAGAGCACUACUGAAAGCGACGAUACCGAGAGGCGACCUAGAAGAGGUCGAAGACACAGUAGAAGGAGACGUAGUAGAUCCAGGCCUGUUCUUGACAAGGAGCAUCCUACUCAACCAUCUCCAAUUCCCCAGAUACUUCAAGCUCCCGCGCCUCCGGCUACCCAGGCUCAGGAACCUCCAAAUCCUACUCCUCCUGUACUACCUCCCCCUCCGCAUCCACAGCCACAAGUCCCUGUUACGAAGAUAGAGUCCUCUCCUAAUAUAUUCCACUUUUGUCCGAAUCCUCCAGGCCUAUGUACAUUCCGCCGUCGGGGGAAUUCCCACGAUUACGGCCUUCCAACUCCUUCUAGCAGCCCACACUGCUGUGCCGAACAGAGCUAUCAGUCGCUCCCUGACUAUAGAGAUACAUGCAGCUCUUGUUGCUACCAUAGGCGCAGUCGCCAUCACCACCACCACCAAUAUCAUCAUCAUAACCAUUGCUACCAACGAGACCCUAGGCUCCAUACCUUUUAUAAGUCCGGGAGCUUUGAUGAAGUGCAGGUUGUUCCGCCCGACAGCGCUAGAAGAUCUUAUGCCCACAGAGAGUCAUCGGCAUUAAGACAAGCUGAUCAGGCUGUUGUCAAAGACGCCAGCUCUUGGUCAAGACCGGCAAAUGGGAAUUGGGAUGAUAGUAAUGAUCGGGUGAGAAGACCUAGAUCUCCGACUCCUUCGCCUUCACCAGUGCGAGAUAGACGCCGUGUAGAGCCACGUCAAUUAUCUUCCUCCUUAAGGGACACACGGCCGCCUCAAGCAAAGGUAUGCAGAUUUGCGUCCGAUGAACCGCAAGAUCCGCCAAAUGUUCAAUAUCAAACUUGGAACAAUGGCCGCCUUGCAAGGGAAUAUAGCCGUACUAUAUCGCGCAGAGAUGAUAAUAACGAAGGGAGCGGCUGGUAUGAUGCCCCGGACUAUGAGAGGCAGGUCUCAACGAGACCCUCCAGAAAUGCCAGCAUUCAACGACGGCCGUCUCAAGUGAAUACAGAAAGGGCCCCUUCGGAAAUCUUAUUUGUUCCAAAGCCUCGGCGCCAGUUCGAGGCUAAGUACCGGACAUACCAACCAAAACAGCAGUGGGAUUAUGAGUCUCUGGAACGCGAGCCGGAGAGUCGUUUUAAAGAGUACCAACCCUCAAACCCCCGGAGAACAGCGGUUGCCAGCAGACGAAGCCAUGUGUACCCAGUUGUACGAGAUGAGCAGGAAGAAGAGGAUGCAGCUCAGGGGUAUAGUGAUCCAACGUACGAAAAGUGGAAUAACAAUCGCCAUAACAGUCAUGGAAUCAUCGAGGGCCCACGAGGGACGUAUAACCCUCAAAAUGCCCGAAACCCAAGUGGCCACCAAUAUAAGACGCAAGAGCGGUCGGUUGUCUGGUAA